AUGGGAUCGCGAAAGCGCAGCCGCUCCGAUGCGAUUGCUGCUCCUGUGCAGCAGCCCACAGAAGAACCGGGUUUGCUCCAGCAAAUUCGCAACAGCUGGGAAUUCGCCAGUCUCAUGCAAUACAUUGCCAUUUUUGGCAAAAUUAUGAAGAUUGAUGAGGAUUUCGAGAUCGAGGAUCUUGAAGAUGAGUGCCUCAAACCCGAGCAUUCGCAUAAGCUGUUGGAGAUUGGUCUGUGUCUGUUGAAAUGGGUCUCAUCGCAUCGGGGUCUUACGAACGACACCUUUGAUGAAUAUACACGUCGACAGUACAACGCAAAGUGUCCGCACAUCCCUAAUCCCUUCGGUUACGAUGAGGAACCUCUGAAGUUCCUCCACUUUGAUGUGUUCACCAAGCUUCGCGUCCUCCACCAACUGUCUGUGUGGACUUUCUGGAAUGCUGAUCGCAUUCGGGAUAAGAUGCCGGAGAAGAAAGAGAGUGAACAGCUUCAAUGGCGCAUAGAAGAAUUCGGAUUUGACCGCGAAGGUCGCUCCUACUAUGUCCUGGAUGAUAACCGUCUUUAUCGCCGCACCGAUCCUCCCAUCCCCGCGCAACAGCGCCCCAAGAAGAAGCCUAAGAGUCGCUCUUCGCGGACCUCCCGAACCUCGAGACGUGUGUCCGCUCUUGCCGCGGAAGAAGAAUCCGAUAAUGAAAGCAAGGGGGAAACUACCAACGGCACCUCAUCUGGAGACCAAUACAAGUGGGAGUGCAUUGCUGUUACCUUGCCAGAAUACCAAGAAUUCCUUGAAACUAUUCGAAAAAGCAAGGAUGCGGAUGAGAAGUAUCUCCGCGAUCAAAUUGAGGAGCACGUCAUGCCCCUACUCGAGAAGACUGAGGAGGCACAACAGCGCAAGCGCAUGAAGCGGGAGAAGGAGCUGCUCAACAUGCAGCUACUUGCUGGAGCUAAGCGAUCCAGCCGACUUCAACAAAAGGACGAACGCGAGCGUGCCGAGAGAGAAGCCAUUGAGGCUGCCCGGAAGCACGAGGCUGAUCUGGCCGAGGCUCGUCGGGAGCAGGCCAGACAAAACCAGCUCGAGCAAGACCGACAGUCGCGUAUGAUGACCCGUGAGCAGCGGACUAAGGAUCGCGAGCAGAAGCGCCUUUUACAUGAAGCAGAGCUUGAGCGAAUCGCCGCAGAGCAAGAGAAGUUGGAGCGCGGCGAAGGCAGAGUCUCUGCGCGGAACCUGAAAGCUGAAUUGGAGAAGUCUCAGAAGAAUCUGACAGAAUUGUCGCAAGACGAUGAGUGGGUCUUCGACUGCUCUGGCUGUGGUGCCUAUGGCGAGAACCUCGACGAUGGCAGCCACAGCGUUGCUUGCGAGAAAUGCAAUGUCUGGCAACACAGCAAAUGCCUUGGAAUUGCACAGCAAGAUGCGGAGAAGGAAGACUUUCACUUCGUCUGCGGUGAUUGUAAGCGAAAGGCGGAAGAGGCCAGUAGGCCUAAAAUUCCCCCUCUUAAGUUCCGCGUUAGCUCUUCUGCGUCACCUCAAUCCACUCCUCCGUCGAGCAAGAAACGAAAGGUGGAGGACGAAGAUCUUAUCCCAUCGUCGCCUGUGAAGCAGACCCAUGCUGCCUUGUCUAGCCUGCAAAUUGGCCCUCAGGCGCCUACAAACUCCGCUCAACCUUCUCUUCCCCCUCUCACCUCCCAAGGCCAGUUCUACGUUCCUCCAUCCCCCGAACGUCGCCUCCACCCCACAAAUCAAACCCCUUUGCCUUCUUCAAGCCCUCCUCGGCCAACUUUCUCUCCGCCAAAGAAUGGCCCUAUUCACCCUUCUAUGGUUGCACCCGGCCAGCAUGUGUUCAAACCAAUGCAGCCAGGUCCUCAGCUACCUCCCAUUGGGGCUUUCCAUACAGUGCGGCCUUCCUCCUCCCACUCUGGGCGUACUCCGACCCAAAACCAGCCGGCUAUGUCGCCUACCCAGGGCAACCACGAGGUUGGCCCCCUCGCUGGAUUCCCGCCCGUAGCGCACGCGAAUGGAACCGGCAAUUGGUCUUCAUAUGAAAGCUACACGACUCCCCGCCCUCAAUCUGGACAUGGAAUCCCACCCUCUAUGUCUAGCCACUAUCCCUCCUUCUCUGCCCGUGGGACCCCAAAUGGCAACCACUCCUCUCCUCCGCACAGCUCUCACGGAAUUGGCAUGUCGGGGAUUAGUCCAACGAAGCAAUCGCCUCGCCCCGUAACUUCGGGUAGCGGUAUGGCAGGUGCUCCGGUCCUACCUCCGAUCCGCCGGCUGGAGCCCAGCCCAAAACUCAUGGGUCGUAGCUCGCCGGAUGCUCCAAUUCCCCCGCCAGUGAAAUGCAUGACACCAGAGCAAGAAGAGCGUCGAGCCCGUGAGAAUGCUUCACUCUUUCACCCGGGUCCCGGCCACAGCACUCUCAUGUCUUCACCCUCCAUGAACCGUAUUCCUCCUCUUGGACCUGCAGCCACACAGCCAGAGCCUAUGUCAUCGCCUCAGCGAGGCGGUGAUGCUUCGCGGCAGUGA